CGUUAACCCCAAAACUAAACUCUUCGUGUGUGUGUGUGACAAAGUCCAAAACUCCCAGUUCCUGAAUGGUUCUUAAAGUUCAGUUCCGCAAGCCAUAAGGUGAAACAUGAGCAAGGGCUUCUUCAACAACCACCGUUGUCUGAAGAUAAGUGUAGAUGUAGAAAAACAUAGAGAGAGUACAUACGAAAUCCAAAUGUUCCACGAUGGAACCCAAACGACACUUCAGUGUUUACUCGGUAGUGACUUCCUCACCCCGAAAAGCAUCCGAACCGUGGUCGUCCACACACAAAUACCUGUUUCCUUCUACAGGUCAGCAACAAAGUGAACUCCACCGGAUUACUUCCAACUUCCAUACAUGGAUUUCAGUGAAGUGGAUGUCGACGGCGGAUUAGAUCAAGACAUAUUUAACAUAAAUGAAGAACUUGGACUGAAUCUCAUAGAAGGAGAUAUCAGACAUGAUACGCCCACUGACAGAAGCGCAAUCGCCAAUGACGAAUACAGAUGGCCAAAAACAGUUCCAUACUAUCUGGAAGAUAGUUUAGAUGUAAAUGCUAAAGGUGUCAUCCUUAAAGCAUUUGAACAAUACCGCCUUAAAUCCUGCAUUGACUUUAAACCUUGGAGUGGGGAAGCUAACUACAUCUCUGUAUUCAAAGGGAGUGGCUGUUGGUCAUAUGUAGGCAAUCAACAUGUUGGGAAGCAGCGACUCUCAAUCGGAGAGAGGUGCGAGAGAAUCGCAACCAUUGAACACGAGUUCCUUCACGCGCUGGGAUUCUGGCACGAGCAGUCAAGACCCGAUCGCGAUGACUACGUCAAAAUAAUCUGGGACAGGAUUGAAAAUGGUAAAGAAUACAAUUUCGAUAAGUAUGACGAUAAGUCAACUAUCACUCAAAACAUACCGUAUGACUACACCUCGGUGAUGCACUACGGUUCCACAGCUUUUAACAAUGGCUCUGAACCAACGAUUGUCACCAAGAUUGCUGAAUUCAGUAACGUGAUUGGACAACGCUUAGAAUUCAGCGAUUAUGAUCUCCAAAAAGUCAACCGGCUCUACAACUGCACCACCUCGCUCAGCUUUUUGGACAGCUGCAGCUUUGAACGUGAAAAUAUUUGCAGCAUGAUACAGGGUCCAGAAGACACCGCAGAUUGGCAGCAAGUUUCCCAGGCCCCAGGUGGGCCUUACACUGACUUCACCAACAUGGGCAACUGUAAAGGUAGUGGGUACUUCAUGUACUUCAGCACCAACACAGGCACAGUGGGACAGAAGGCCUUUUUGGAAAGCCGGAUAUUUUACCCAAAGCGCGGCUUCCAAUGCCUGCAAUUCUAUUCCUUCAACAGCGGAAGUGAGAGAGACGAGCUGAACAUUUGGGUCAGAGUUUACAAUCAAGCUAAUCCCAAUGGUACUUUAACUAAAAUUGGAAGAGUACAAGAUGCAGGCCUGAAUCACUGGCAGAUUCAUCACGUCAGCCUACGUGUCUCUGGGAAGUUUCGUGUUGUCUUUGAAGGGGUGAAGCAAGUUGCAUCCUCCAAUGGGGGCAUAUCCAUCGAUGACAUCAACCUCUCAGAAACCCACUGCCCUACCCAUGUGUGGCCCAUCAGGAACUUCACCAACAUUCUGAACACAAGCCCAUCAGGACUUCCAGGCAUUAUCUAUAGCCCAAGAUAUUACUCCCGUGAAGGAUAUGCAUUUCAAAUCAGUGUCUACGUAAAUGGUACAAAUGAGCGUCCCUUCUACCUUGGUGUGUUCUUGCACUUGGUCAGCGGUGUUCAUGAUGACCGUCUAAAAUGGCCAUGCCCAUGGAUGCAAGGGACCAUGCUCUUGAUGGAUCAACACCCUGACAUCAGGCGACGCAUGUCCCACCAGAGAUCUGUGACCACGGACCCGAAUAAAACCCAAAUUAUAGGCAACCAAACAUCCUUCUACUGGGACAGGCCUGAUAAGGUGGGAUAUCUAGUGAGAGAACCAGAUGGCACCCAGUAUUAUCGGGGACCUGGCUUAGGAAUCAGUACCUUUUUAUCGCAUGAAAGGCUGAAAAGUAGAGAGUUUGUCAAGGGAGAUGAUGCAUAUUUCCUAUUAACCAUGGAAGAUGCAUCGCACCUUGUUACCACACAACCUACACCACCAGUUCCCAGUCACCCUGCCACCAACAUGCCCACACCUACGUCCAAACCUAUGGCCACCUUGACUAGCAAGCCAGCAACUGACAAGCCAGCAACUGACAAGCCCGCAACUGACAAGCCAGUGACCGAUAUCCCAGAAUUAUGCACUGACUUUCAAUGUGAAAAUGAAGGAGUCUGCACUGUACUGAAGGGAGAACCUGUGUGCAGGUGUCAAACAGGUGACAAUUGGUGGUAUUCGGGCAAAUACUGCGAGAACCUCGGUAAACAACAGGAUACCGUUGUAAUUGCAGUGACCUCGUCUGUAGUCAUCUUUGUCGCCAUGCUGCUGAUCACACUGCUCACUACAUACUGCCUGAAGCAAAAAUACCAGAAGCAAAUGACUUCUGGCAAAGAAGUCAGUGCAGCCAACACCCAAUUCUGAAAGGUUGAACGGACGUCUCACAGCGCGGAAAAGUGACAGGAAACUCCAAGCAAGGACCGUCCAAGCAGAAAUCCAAAGCAAUCUGUACAGAUUUGUGAAUCGUGAUUUAGCUUUACAAAUGUUUGGCUUUCAGUUGAAAAUUGUACGAAAGGAGCUCAUUGUAACAAUCAAUGGUUUUUGAACGCCAAAUAUUCAGCAUUGCCUGAAAAUGACAAAUAAGAAUGAUCACAAAAUAAUAAUGUAACAAGGUUGGAUUGUGACUGCAGUCAUAUCGUGAUUUAGAUAGA